AAUUUAAAAAAUUGUUCAGGAGUACAUGAUUAUGCAUUCCUUGCAGCAGGCAUUCACGUGAUUUGAAAUGAUUUUCCGGUUUCUAGACAAGUCUAUGAUUUUCAUUUCUACCUCUUAUCAAUGCCAAUUAAAAAAACCGAGCAUUCAACAAAGCGAGAGCAUUUCCCAAUAUUCGAUAUCAGAAAGAGGAUGAAUCAUUAGCACUUUUACCAUUACCUCAUGCCAAAUCUGUGCUAAAUAGUCUAGUUGAUAACAAGCGUAUACGCUAAAUACUGAGGGAAUGGAUUUUGAAGGGGUAACAUCACAAAAAUUAUUAGGAGAUUCACAUCCACUGCCAAAGAUUGAAAAUGAGGUCGAAAGGAAAAAAAAUGCUUUAAAAAGCCCAUGGAAAAAAAUAAGUGUACUGUGUCCACAAUCCUGUUCACUUCCGAACACACCUUUCAUCCGUGUAAUCACACUAUGCCUUUUUGUCUUGUCGACAUGGACGACGCUUCAAUUGCUCCUCAUACGGCUUAAUUUGCCAACAACAGAUCUCUUCAAAACGCUUGGAUUAGUUCUCAUGUCGUACUACGUUGGUGAACUCUUUCAAAUGCUGCAUUUGCCGAAUAUUGUCGGUAUGUACUUAACAGGAGUGCUGUUUAGAAAUGUCAACUGUUUCAGCUCGAUUGAAACCGUCCGACCUGGAUUCAUAAUGGCAAGGUAUGUUGCUGUAUCAGUCGUACUCAUGAGAUCCGGGCUAGGCUUGAAUGCAAAAAUAUGCCAAACGUAUCCCUUGUCUGUACUCAAACUCUCUACGCUGCCUGCAGCAGCAGAAGCAGUUGCAAUGGCCAUUGCUAUUAAAUUGCUUCUCCCAUAUAACUACUCUUGGCUUUGGUCGUUUCUUUUUGGGUUUUCAAUCAGUGCAGUCUCUCCUACUCUUACUUCUCAAAUUUUGAGUCGUAUGAAGAGUAAAAGCUUGUACCACAAUGAAAAGCUGACCUCCCUUUACACUACAUCCGCCCCAAUAGAGGACAUAUUCUGUAUUUCAGCUUUUGCAGUCUUCACGACAACUAUCAUUCAGACUAGUGGUGGUAUCCCUGAAAGAUUCGGACUGGGCUUACUGCAUCUAUUACUCGGCCUUACUGCUGGUGCAAGCUGGGGGGCACUAAGCGCUUAUCUUCCCCAUAAAGAUGAUGAACAUUGUACUUUAAAGAGAAGUUUGAUGAUAUUUCUUGGGAGUGCCACCAUAUACUUUGGAGCUAAAUAUAUUUCCACUCCUGCUGGAGGGCCGCUUGGUAGCUUCAUUACUGGUGCAACUGCUGCUGCUUGCUUUAAAUUUCAAGGAUGGCAACAAGUGAAUCCUGUUUCAACUGUGAUAUCAAAUUUAUGGUCAUGGUUCAUGGAACCCAUGCUCUUCGCUUUAGUGGGAAUAGAAAUCGAUCUAUCAGUGGUUGAGUUGUAUGAUGUGGGACUAAAUGUUAUUGUGAUAAUUAUUGGUUCAAUUGCGAGGUGUAUUUUUUGUAGCAUCAUGCUAAUAGGGACUGGUUUUAACUGUAAUGAGAAAAUAUUUUUCAUACUGGCCUCCUUUCCAAAAGCGACAGUCGAGGCUGCAUUGGGGCCACAGGCAUUCGAUCUCUUCUGGAAUACGCCUGACCAUGAUAAAUCGCUGAAUAUACUGAGGACGUCAGUUCUAUCUGUGAUCGUUGUGACAACCAUUUCGACGAUAGCUUUGAAACUUUUCAGUUACAGACUUCUUGUGAAACCUAAUCCAGUGGCAGUUGUAAAUCUCAAAUCUUAUGAAAGUCAAAUUUAAUAUAAAUUGAACUUACCUUA